CACUUGUUUUGACCCCUCGUUGCUUUGUGGGUAGUAGGAAAAAAGGCUCAAAAACCCUGUGAAAGCGACAAACGCACGUUGCAGUUUUGCUACAGCAGAAUAUAGAAAAAAGUAACCUUAUUCAAAUCAAGAUCGAGGAAUACUGUUAAAAAAUGUCCAUUGGGGUACCAAUCAAGGUCCUGCAUGAGGCAGAGGGACACAUUGUGACCUGUGAGACCACCACAGGCGAGGUUUACAGAGGCAAGCUGAUUGAAGCUGAAGACAACAUGAACUGCCAGAUGUCAAAUAUUACGGUGACCUAUCGCGAUGGACGGGUUGCGCAAUUGGAGCAGGUCUACAUCCGAGGAAGCAAGAUCCGUUUUCUGAUCUUGCCUGAUAUGUUAAAGAAUGCUCCCAUGUUGAAGAGUAUGAAGAACAAGAACCAGGGAUCUGGUGCAGGAAGAGGCAAGGCGGCCAUUCUAAAAGCACAAGUGGCUGCAAGAGGGCGAGGUCGUGGUGGAAUUGGAAGAGGAAACAUCUUCCAAAAGAGGCGAUAACUUUUUAAUUUUUUUGUUCCAUUUUUGUCUUCUUUGGAUUUGAAAUAAUUUGAUAUUUGGUAUGCUGUGCUUUUUGCCAUUCAUCCCGUUGAUUUUAUUUUGUAUUGAAAUAAACACCUUUCAGAUUACAA